CCUCCCCCUAGUGUUACAUUAGGCUAUUGUUUCCCAACCGCACUUCCCCGCCCACAACUCACAGCUAUUGGUGGAAGCCCAGAUAGAUGCGUCCUGAUUGGUGGAGCGUAUGACAGCCAGCCGACCAAUGGGAGGAGCAGAUUCCACUAAUGACGUCACUGGUGGAGUCAGGGCGGAUGGGUCUUCCGGCGGAGCAGGAUUUCUCCGUCCUUUCGAGCUGAGGGUCCCGCAGCGUGCGUGGAAUGGCUGCUGUCUGGCAACAGGUUCUGGCAGUGGAUGCAAGAUACAACGCGUACCGCACCCCCGCGCACCCGCAGUUCCGCACUCAGUACAUCCGGAGGCGCAGCCAGCUCCUGCGGGAGAAUGCCAAGGCCGGGUAUGAUCCGCAGCUGCGGCGACAGUACUUGAAACUCCGCAGCCAACUCCUUGCACAGCGAUACGGACCCCUAUCUGAGCAGAGCAGCUUCCGAGCGCAUAGUAACAGCAUCCGCAGCUCUCGCACCACCCUGGACCGCAUGGAGGAUUUGGAAGAGGAUCCGCGGUCGCAGGGAUCUCGAGGUCACAGACGUUCCGUGAGCCGGGGCUCCUACCAGCUGCAGGCACAGAUGAACCGCGUGGCACAAGAGGAAAGGGCUCCUGGCAGUGUGGUGCCGACACCACUGGCUGAAGCCAGUAGGGCAAUGGCUGGUGACACCACAUUGAGCGAGAACUAUGCGUUCGCUGGAAUGUACCACAUCUUUGACCAACACGUGGAUCACGCCGUCCCUAAGGUACAGUUUGCCAAUGACGACAAGCAUCUCCUGGCCUGCUGCUCCCUAGAUGGUACAAUAUCUGUGUGCCAGCUGGUUCCCACCCCCCCCACCGUCCUGCAGACCCUGCGGGGACACAACGGCCCGGUCAGUGACUUUGCCUGGUCCUUAUCCAAUGACAUAAUUGUCUCCACCUCUCUGGAUGGCAGAAUGUCCAUUUGGAACACUCAAGAUGGCCGCUGCAUUCGACAGAUUCCAGACCCGGACUCAGCCCAGAUGCUCUGCUGCACCUUCCAGCCCAUCAAUAACAAUCUGACUGUGGUUGGUAACUCCAAACACAACAUUCAUGUCAUGAAUAUCUCCACCGGCAAAAAGGUGAAGGGAGGCAGCAGUAAACUGACCGGGCGGGUGCUCUCCCUGUCUUUUGACUCAGCCGGACGUAUACUGUGGGCUGGGGAUGACCGUGGGAGCAUCUUCUCCUUCCUAUUUGAUAUGGCCACAGGUAAACUGACUAAAGCCAAGCGUCUGGUAGUGUCAGAGGGCAGCGCCAUCAGCAGUAUCUCCGCUCGCUCAUGGAUCAGUCGUGAAGCCCGGGAUCCUUCAUUGCUGGUGAAUGCCUGUAUUAAUAAGCUGCUGCUCUACAGGGUUGUGGAUAAUGAAGGUACGCUGCAGUUAAAGCGAACGUUUCCGAUCCAGCAAACAAGUCACGCCAUUGGAAGUAUCUUCUGUCCACUCAUGUCCUUCAGGCAGGGAGCCUGUGUCGUGACCGGCAGUGAAGAUAUGUGCGUCUACUUUUUUGAUGUAGAACGGGCCACCAAGGCCAUUGUGAACAAACUACAGGGACACAGCGCAGCCGUUCUAGGCGUCAGCUUCAACUGUGACGAAAGCCUCUUGGCCUCCAGUGAUGCUAAGGGAAUGGUUAUCAUCUGGAGAAGAGAACUGAAGUGAACCCAUGUCCCCUGCAGCUAAUGCCGCCAUGAAUAUCCACGUGCAAUGUCCUGCCCCUUCCAUUAACCCUUUUAUUUAUAUUUUCUGUAUGCGCCUUCUGGAAUAAAACACUACAAACCCGG